AUGGAAGAUCUUCUCUUGGACGUCGAAGUCAUCAGCACAAUCCGGGGCGUCAAGUCCCUCGCCGACGGCAUCGCAGUUCUCAACGCCUCCCACAGAAACGAGUCCCCCCUCCUCUACAUCGACAUCGACCCCAAAAGUCUCGGCCCAAACGGCGAACUCAACCUCUUGACCAUAAUGCUCUGCCACGGGCCCGGAUAUCAACGCCGUCUAUACCUCGUUGACGUUCACCGUCUCGCAAACCAGGCUUUUUCUAGUAGAGGAUACUACGGCGCUAGUUUGCGAAGUAUUCUCGACUCUGCAUCUUACCAAAAAGUCUUGUUUGAUGUUGGUCAUCAUUCAUAUAUUUUGUAUAAUCAGUAUGGGAUCAAGUUGCAGGGGGUGAGUGACUUGCAACUCAUGGAGAAUGCUAGUCGGUGCAAUAGAGAGAAUAUGCAGAAGUUUGAACCGCUGGUGAAUAGUUUACUUGUUCACGGGCGGAAUCGGAGGAGAUGGUUGGUUGAUAAGUUCAAUGGAGAGUGGUCGUACAAGAAUUGCGCUGGGGCACCGCAUCAAGUCUUUCAGGAACUUCCGGUCGCUACGUAUAUCCGACUAUACUGCUGUCGGAAUAUCCGGUUCAUGCCGGAGUUGUACGAUAAGAUACGGCGUGCGAUGCCGACAGUUAUGGACCUCGUGGCGGAGGUGUCGCAGAGGAGGAUUGAGGAGAGUCAGGAGGAUGGGUAUGAUCCUUCUGCGGGUGAACGGCUGAGAAGUCCUUGGACUGAUGAGCAAUAUGAGGAGCUUGAGCGGACUAUGGGUCAUGCGUUCAUCUAUUUGACAUUGGGCAGUUAUGUUUAA